AUGAGUCGGGAUAACCUCCCAUCACUCCUCCUCCUGCCCUUCCCUCCUGAACCCGCCACUCGACUUGCCCUCAGUGCUGCCUACAGGCCAGCCCUGGAAGCUGCACUACUCAGGCUCAAACAUGCCCCUACAGCCCAGAGGCUCAUCGUCGCGUCACUGCUCGCCGGCCUCUACUCCAUCAUCUCCGUUGUCUGUGCCGGCCUGGAUAUCCCUACAUACUUGAACGCUGGUCCUGGCUCCGUCGACGCCCGGGUCGUCCUCGUUGACCACAGUAAGACAAGACGCUAUGGAGAGGAUUUCAAGGCCGCGGUUGAGUCCAACAACACUGCUGUCGUUGAUCUGGCAACCUUCGCUUCCAGUUAUUUCCCUUGGAACUUCAUCUUCAACGCUGACAGCGAGGUUGCACACGACAUCUACAGUCUCUAUCUGAAGCUGGCCGAGAAACAGCAGACAUUGCUCCAAGACCAGCUCAUCACCGUCCAGGCCGGCGUGACCCUGAACGUGCCGAGCUUGGACGGUCCUUCGUCGCCAACACCCGGGACGAUGCCUCACGCAACCGUCUGCCUCGGUGGCACAUUCGACCACCUGCAUCCUGGCCACAAGCUGCUGUUGACGGCAGGGGCGUAUCUCCUGGACAUCCCAGAGCGUGGCUCGUCCACCACUUGCAAGUAUAUCAUUGGCAUCACGGGUGAUGAGCUCCUCAAGAACAAGAAAGAUGCUGAGUACCUCGAAUCGUGGGAUGAUCGCGCACGGAACGUCAUCCAUUUCCUUGCAUCCGUGCUGGAGCUGUCCUCGAGUGGUUGGGAGAAGGCUCCAGCCCCGUACAUAGCCGAGAAGGAUGGCGAUUUCACUGCAGAAUUCAGAGACAAGACCGUCACGAUUCAGUGCGUCACAAUACAAGACCCGUUCGGUCCUACCAUCACCCAAGAGGACAUGGAUGCCCUAGUUGUGUCAGCAGAGACAAGGUCAGGCGGCAAAGCAGUCAAUGAUAAGAGAGCUGAACGAGGUUGGAAGCCCCUUGAGAUCUUCGAGGUCGACGUGCUUGAUGCCAAAGAGAUCACCGAGGAGGUUUCGGCAGCGGCUGAGAACUUCGCGUCCAAGAUCAGCAGCACGGCCAUCAGGCAGGAGAUAGCCAGGGCCCCGGCGCGUCGAUGA